AUGAUCCGGGACCAGCGGACCUGUCGAGCAGAUUUCGUCUUUUACUCUAAUCGUAUCAUCCGUCUACUCGUCGAAGAAGGACUGAAUCAUCUCCCUGUCGUGCAGAAGACGGUCACGACCCCAGUCGGCCAUACUUAUGGAGGAGUUGGAUUCGAGGGUAAAAUAUGCGGAGUUUCCAUCAUGCGUGCCGGCGAAGCAAUGGAGCAGGGUCUUCGUGACUGCUGUAGAUCCGUUCGGAUUGGAAAGAUUCUGAUACAAAGGGACGAAGAGACAUGCAAACCUGCGCUGUUUUAUGAAAAACUGCCGCAGGAUAUAUCAAAGAGAUGGGUGCUUCUACUUGACCCGAUGUUUGCCACUGGUGGCUCUGCUACUAUGGCUGUUGAAGUUCUAAAGUCGAAGGGCGUACCAGAAGACCACAUUCUAUUUAUAAAUCUCAUUGCCAGCCCAUCGGGAGUUGCUGACUUUGCUGAGAGGUUCCCAAAACUCAGGGUUGUUACCGCUUUCAUCGACCAAGGGUUGGAUGAAAAGAAGUUCGUCUUCCGUCGUACUUGGCACUUCGUUAAUGGUCAACAUUGCUAA